UACUAAACUAUAACUGAAAGAGAAAGUAAAAACCUCUCAGGGAGAGCUCUCCAUUAUUCUGCUUAUCGUUCGGUUGCAGCUUAGUCAUGAUCCUUACUAUUAACUGACCGUCUAAAAAAAGACUUGUCAAUUAUUUAGGACGAUAUAAAGAUACAUUUAGUGCGGAGAAGUUCAUCUGAGGUCACGAGGAGAGAGAAAAAUGUCUCGCGGUUCAAAUGCAGGUUUCGACAGACACAUCACCAUAUUUUCACCCGAGGGCCGUCUCUACCAAGUCGAGUAUGCCUUCAAAGCCGUAUCUCACAGUGGACUGACGUCGGUGGGGAUCCGGGGGACAGACAGCGUUGUGGUGCUCACACAAAAGAAAAUACCUGACAAACUGCUGGACUCUUCCACUGUGACCAACAUGUUCAAACUAACCCCUCGCAUUGGAUGUGUGAUGACUGGGAACGGCGCGGACAGUCGCUCGCAGGUUCACCGGGCACGAGUGGAAGCAGGCGAAUGGAAAUACAAGUUUGGUUAUGACAUCAUGGCAGAUGUGUUGUGUCGCAGGUUGGCCGAUAUCUCCCAGGUCUACACACAAAAUGCCGAAAUGAGGCCUCUUGGCUGCUGUAUGAUCAUGGUGGCUAUAGACCCCCAGCAGGGUCCUGUCCUGUAUAAAUGUGACCCCGCAGGCUACUACUGUGGCUUCAGAGCCACUGCAGUUGGAGCAAAACAAACUGAGGCCAAUAGUUACCUGGAGAAGAAACUGAAGAAAAAGCCUGAUCUGACCCACGACAGGACAGUACAGUUGGCUAUAACAUGUCUGUCCUCUGUCCUGUCCUUGGACUUCAAGGCCAGUGAGCUGGAGAUUGGCGUGGUCACCAAGGAAAAACCUAAAUUCAGGAUGCUGUCAGAGGAAGAGAUAGAAGCCCAUCUGGUUGCCAUAGCAGAACGGGAGUAAAGGUGCCAUCACAAACUUCAUCAUAGCAUUUCAUUGUUAGUGUGCUUGAUUUAGCCCAAUUUAGCAAUACUGUUAGCAGCUGUCUAAAAAACGAACACAUUUGUGUGUCCAGGAGGGUUUAGCAUGCACACCUGAAGCAGAAAGUUUUUAAAGAGAAAGGUUUGAUUUGACAUUUCUAUUGGGCUUUUAAAGGGAAAAAUCAAUAUACACCAAUAACACAAUGUUUAAAUUGUGACACAAGAAACCAUCGUUAGUGGACAACACAAGCAACACAUUCCAAAUCCAUACUUUGCAACAUGUGUCUGUAUGAAAUAUUAAAGUCAUUUUUUAUGACCUUAGCUGGUUUUGUUUGGAUGUGUACAGAUUAUUUGUCAUACUUACAUAUUUAAUACUAUAUAAGCCUUGUUGUCAUCUCCACACUUGUAAAGUUGCAAUAAAAACAGCCAUCCUUCAUUGUUAACCCCUUUCAAACAACUGUUAUCAUAAAUAAAACAGACUAGAAAAGA